AAUAAAGACACUAAAUUAAUGUAAAUUUUAUUACUCAUUUUUUUAAGUUAUUAAAUAACAAAAUUUAAUUAACUUUAUUUAUUUAUUUGAUGUAAAAAACUUUUAUAUUAGUUUUAUUAUUGUAAUUAUUAUUCAAAUGCCACACAAAGACAUGGAUGAGUUUAAUCGUGUCGAUCGAUAUAUUUAUACAACAAUUAAUUUGUUAAACCAUUUGAUGUUUGGUUUAACAUUUUCAACUUUUGGUCCAACUUAUGUGGACUUUAAAUACAUAACCAACAAUACCAUGUCUUGGGUCGGCCUAUUUCCCAGUGUCGCUGCCAUUGCCUGUAUUGUUGGAUCAGUUUUUGGCUUUCUAUACAAGUAUAUCAAUCGACAGCUAACAUUGUCACUGCUGGUGACACUACAAGGUUUGGCCACAAUAGCCAUACCGUACUCAAGUGAGAUCUGGCAACUUUAUUUAUGCAUAUUUAUCUACGGUUUGGGUAUCGGUGCCUGGAAUAACUCAAACAAUGUUAUACUCAUCGAAAUGUGGCAACAGUCUAGUCCAUCGUUUCUACAGUUUUCCCAAUUUAUCUACGGUGUGGGCACUAUAUUAGGACCGCUUAUUGUUGGUCCCUAUUUAACCGGUGAAGUUGACUACGACUACAAAAUUAUGGGACAUAACGGCACUGUUAUCCGCGUUUGGAACAGUACGACAAUUAUCGAUAAUGAAUGGGAACGGCGGCAAAAACUUAAGUUCCCGUAUCUUAUGGGAGGACUAUUGCAAUGUAUUGGCCCUAUAUUGAUGUUUUUCAUGUAUUUCUGUCGCCCCUAUGAAUACCAGUCGCCAGACAUCGAUGACGUAACCGCUGAUGAAGAAAACCAGCCACUGGUCAAUGAUAACUGUGUCCGAAAUUUAGUAGAACUCAUACCUAAAAAAUCAAUCAUUAUUUGCAUUUCCAUAUUUCUGGCUUUUGGCAUAAUGUCUGAGAACAUGUAUAUGGACUUUAGUCCUACAUUUUUUCAAUUUUCACCACUGAAACUGUCGGCCAAUAAAGCGGCCGAGAUAUUUGCCACAAUGUCGAUAGCUCUGUCCACUGGCCGCGGAUUGAGUGUAUUUAUAGCUAUGAAACUCAGGCCACAGACAAUGAUCUCAUAUCAGGUGAUCAUCGUAUUUGUCGGUUAUAUAUAUCAGUAUUUCGGCCAAUACUCGUUGACACACCUGUGGAUCAGUUCAAUAAUGAUCUGUUUUGGUUACUCAUCGAUAUUCAUCUGUUUGUUCUCAUUUGUCGGACAAUUCAUGGAAGUCACCGACAAAGUGGGUGCCAUAUUCAUAGCCUCGUAUAAUUCGGUCUAUUUAUUUCUACCGUUUUUCUUGGGCACUUACAUUGAACACUAUCCCGAUAGCUUUCUAUACAUUGAGUUUGGAUCCCUGUGCAUUGGUAUCAGUUCACUAUUGUUAGUACUGUUUUUGGUGAAAAAGGUCCCCAAAGAGUGUCUCAGAUUAUAGACUCAUAUCAUAUUUAGUACAAUAUUAUUAGGCAUUUUAACUAAUUGUUAACUAAUAUAUUAUAAUUUUUACUAUUUAAUUAAAUCA